UGUAAAGUCCAUAAUGUAUUUUUGACUACGAAAAGCAUUCUAUUAAGUAGAUAAAUGGAUGCAAUAGUAACUACAUUGAUUGUAUUAAGAACUGCAAGAACAAGAACAGCAAAAACCUGGUCGUUUCCUGGACAACCGCCCGCAGAGAGCAAGAUGGCGGCGUCCGGUCGUGACCACGAGGUAGAGGCGGCGACGACAUCGCGGGAGCGGCCGAGUCAGCGAACUUCCACCGCCAUCCCUCCCCGCCGCUCCUUCGACCCACUCGAGCGGGCACGGACGGCGCGAGGCGAAAAGACGAGAGGCCUCACCACCCCGCCGCCAUGCCGCCGCGCCGCGCCGUCCGCAAACAGCCGCCUGUUUGCACAACGGCCCUUUGAGGGCUCUUCCGGAGACCCUUACAGAGCCCUC